CACACACACACACACACACUUCGCUUUUGGUUUUCUUUUUCUUCGUCCUCCAUUCUCUCCCUGUGUGUGUGUGUGUGUUAAAUUGUUCUCCUGUGACUCCGCCCCCUCAGCCACAGCUCAUUGAAAGUUGGAGUUAGUUCUCGGGGAAGUUCCUCAGCUCGGUGUGGAGUUUAAUCUCAGUCUGGUCUUCAGCAGCUCCAUGUGGAUGUUCCUGCUCGCUGCUCCGUGUUAGUCGUCGUGUUUCGGAUUCUAGAGUGUGUGUGUGUGUGUGUGUGUGUGUUGUUGUGUUUGUGUGUGUGUGUUGUGUUGCGUGCGCGCGCCAUGGCCGCUGUGAAAGCUCUUCAGCAGUGGUGUAAGAUCCGGUGUGAAGGUUACAGAGAUGUGUCCAUUACCAACAUGACCACGUCGUUCAGAGACGGACUGGCCUUCUGCGCGCUCAUCCACAAACACAGACCCGAUCUCAUAGACUUCGACUCCUUGAACAAAGAAAAUAUUUACGAGAACAACCAGCUGGCGUUCCGAGUUGCCGAGGAGCAGCUCAGCAUUCCUGCUCUGUUGGAUGCGGAGGACAUGGUGGCUCUGAAAGUUCCGGAUCGUCUCAGCAUCCUCACCUACGUCUCUCAGUAUUACAACUACUUCCACGGCCGCUCUCCUAUCGGGGGUUUGGCAGGAGUGAAGCGUCCGGCGGAGGAACCCAUCGAUGGUACGUCCGGGAGGAAGAACCAGCCGGUCAGUGCUAAAGUCUUCAGCUCCACUAAACCCGAGACGGACACCAAGAGAGACGUCGCAGUAGAGCGCAGUGAGAAACCGGCCACAAUAAACCGCAACUGCAGCAUCUGUAAUAAACAAGUCCACCUGGUCCAGAGACACCUGGUGGACGGGAAACUCUACCACCGAAACUGCUUCAAAUGCAGCGAGUGCUUCAAUAUUCUGCUGUCUGGAACGUACAAACCUGGGAAAGAGCCCAACACGUUCAUCUGCAAGUCACACCAAAACACACAGAAACCUCCGCCCACUCAGGUCACACCACCUGCACCCUACAGCCAAACUGCAGCCACCAACACCUCCACCUCCAACAUCACCUCCACCACCACCAGCACCUUCACCUCCACCUCCAACAUCACCUCCACCACCACCAGCACCUUCACCUCCACCUUCACCACCUCCACCUCCAAGUCAACACCAAACCCAAAGGACAUCACGCUCAAGAGUGUGGGAAAAGACUCCACCCCGCAUAAAAAGAGCCCAUUUUGGCAGCUCUAUAAGAAUGGAAGCUCAGCUACCCCUAAAUCUGCCACUACAGCUACCCCUAAAUCUGCCACUACAGCUACCCCUAAAUCUGCCACUACAGCUACCCCUAAAUCUGCCACUACAGCUACCCCUAAAUCUGCCACUACAGCUACCCCUAAAUCUGCCGCUACAGCUACCCCUACAUCUACCCCUACAGCUAGACCUACAGCUACCCCUACAGCUGCCCCUACAGCUGCCCCUACAGCUACCCCUACAGCUAGACCUACAGCUACCCCUACAGCUGCCCCUCGCUAUAAACCCAACACGUCCUCACAUUCAGUGGCUGUGACGGUGAAGAGUCCGGCUGAACAGAAGGUUCCCUCAGAGACACCUAAAGGCCCCAGCAACUCAGUGCUGAGGAACCUGGAGGCCAGACAGAGGUUCUUCGAGUCCAGCAGUAGCCCCGUGAACCCCAUGUCCGUCUCUAAGGACAGUCCAGCGACCGCAGCUACCGAGAAGCCAAGAGCAGGAGGUGCAGGAUCAGCAGGAGGUGCGGGUAAAGGCAAGCAGCUGGUAGGAGUGGACGACUGGAUAAAAGACAAGAAGAGAGAAAAGGAGAACGAUGGCGAGAAGGAGAAAGCGAAGUCUGUCAUUAGCAAGUUUGUGACUGAUGAGACCAGCAGAAGCAGCAGCUCGCCUUCACCGUACACAUCUGAUGCUAAGACUAGCGUGUCGCCCAUUCCUGCUGCUAGCAAAACACCAAAAACCAGAGUGCUGCUCAAACCACCAGCUAUUGACCUGGAGCUCAGUACUAGCCCAGUACUAGAUAAAAGCUCCAGCUGGCAGCGUUCUGGAGAGAAAUCACCAGCAAGAGCAGACAGCACACAGCCGUCUGACAGCAAGGGUGAGGAUGUGUGUGUGUGUGUGUGUGUGUGUGUAUGCACACGUGUGUGUGUGUGUGUGUGUGUGUGUGUGUGUAUAUGCACACGUGUGUGUGUGUGUGUGUGUGUGUGUAUGCACACGUGUGUGUGUGUGUGUGUGUGUAUGCACACGUGUGUGUGUGUGUGUGUGUGUGUAUGCACACGUGUGUGUGUGUGUGUGUGUGUAUGCACACGUGUGUGUGUGUGUGUGUGUGUGUAUGCACACGUGUGUGUGUGUGUGUGUGUAUGCACACGUGCCUACAGACUGCAUAAUGCAGAUUUAUCCCUGUAUAACUGUCUGUUAGACACAUUUCAUCAGUAUCCAUCUGACCAAUAA